AUGAUAGGCGCGACCUCCCUAAAACGGACUCCCAGCAGCGGACCACGUCGCCCCUCCCGCCCCCUCGCGACGCGGCGCAGCUGGGGUCGGAGCGGGGUGAACCCGGCGUGCGCCUCGGCGCGCAGGGGGUUAACAGGAGUUGGCUCUGAGCGGAGAGGCGGGGGUGCGCCCCCAUUGGUGGAAAGUUACCCGGGGGCGUGGCCCGCGAGUCUCCGCACCCCACCCCCAGCCCCGCACCGCCCCCCCCCCCCACCUCCACUUUGUACCUUUCUCGCCGCGGCAGCGAAGCGGGCCGGGACCGGCCGGACCAGACCAGAGCGGACCCCGGGGGCGAUGCGGCUGCUGCCCCUGCUGCGGACUGUCCUCUGGGCCGCGCUCCUCAGCUCCCCGCUGCGAGGGGGCUCCGGCCUCCGCCACGCCGUCUACUGGAACUCCAGUAACCCCAGGCUGCUCGGAGGAGACGCGGUGGUGGAGCUGGUCCUCAACGACUACCUAGACAUCUUCUGCCCGCAUUAUGAUGGGCCAGGGCCCCCGGACGGCCCCGAGACGUUUGCUUUAUACAUGGUGGACCGGCAGGGCUAUGAGGCCUGCCAGGCCCAGGGCCCGGGCGCCUUCAAGCGCUGGGAGUGCGCCCUCCCUUUCGCUCCCUUUGGUCCUGUUCGAUUCUCAGAGAAGAUUCAGCGCUUUACACCCUUCUCCCUUGGCUUCGAGUUCUUGCCUGGAGAAACCUACUACUACAUCUCGGUACCGGCCCCGGAGGGUUCUGGCCGCUGCCUGAAGCUCCAGGUGUUUGUCUGCUGCAAGGAGAGCAUGAUUCCUUCCUUCCUCUACUUGUUCGUUCAUUCACCAAAUCGUGGGCUCCCAGCGCCCUUCUUCCGGCAGGCCACUGCAGCUGGGGGCGUCGGGGGAUUCCCAGCGGUGACGCAGUAGGAGAAGGGCACCCUGGCUUCCAAGUAGCCAAUUGAAUCCUGGGGCCUGGGGCAUGAGGUCAUCAGCGCCGAUGCCCAUUGGUUCAGGCCUGGACGUGGGGUGGGGGUCCCCAUAGCAACCGACGGUGCGUCCGACCGUAACCCCGGAGAGUGGUCUUUGCCGGAGCUCCAGAGGCAGCUUGGGUGGUGUUUGGGUUGGGGGCGGGGAGGCGGGGUGGAGCCCAGACCCCCUCAGGUCCCGCAGCCCUGGCCCAACCAAGCUGCUGUGUUCUAGAGAUCUUUUUCUCACUCAAAGUAAUGGUCAGUGCCCCUCGCCCCGGGCAGGCAGAUUGGGGGCUGGGGGAGUACGGGCGACGGCGUUGGGGUCGCGGGCGCAGAGCCGCCGCCGCUCGGAAUGCUAAUUCCGAGAACCUCCUGUUCUGCAUCUCGUCUGCACCUCAUUUGCAUUCUCUUCAUUUAAGGUCAAAUUGAGCAGACAGCCCCACAUCCCAGCCCUGUCGCGCGUCUGUAUCCCGACUUUAUCCCUCAGCAGCUCCGUAAUCUCUCUCUUUCUCCAGUUCCUCACCCCACCCCUCUCCCAGCCGGCGGUGUCCCCUCGGGUGCGAGGGGGCGCAGCCUAGCAAGAGCGGAAAGAGAAGUCCGCCUCUCCCCCUGGACGUCUGCUGACAGAUGGGGAGGGCUGGUCCCUACGGCCUAGCGACUAAACUGACAAAGCAAAUGGUGGGGGAGGUGCCCGGGGCUGGGCGGGGGUCUCCGGGGCCAAGUCACCCACACGCCCAGCAGGGUGCUGGGACUAGGGCCGCCUGCUUGCAGCCAGGGGCGGGCCUGCCCACCUGUCUGGUGCCAGGACAGCUUCCUGCCUCCAAUUAAACGCUAAUGAGGUGUCAUUAACCCUUAGCUUGCCUGCCAGCCCUCAGGUGGAGUUUAGAUUCGUGGUCUCACCCCAAACCG